AUGGCGCAACCCUCACAGCGGCGACGCCUUCUCAUCGCCAACAGGGGCGAGAUCGCCUACCGCAUCCUCAAGACCGCCCGCCGCCUCGGCUACUGCGUCAUCGCCAUCUACAUGCCCAGCGACGCCGCGAGCCCCCACGUCGCCGACGCCGACGUCGCCGUCCCCGUAUCCUCCUACAGUGACCCCGCCGAGAUCGUCUCCGUCGUCCGCGAGCACGGCGCCCACCUCGUCAUCCCCGGAUACGGCUUCCUCUCCGAGAACACCGAGUUUGCCGCCGCCGUGGACGCCGCCGGUGCCGUCUUCGUCGGACCCGAGCCGCAUCACAUCGACACCUUUGGCAUCAAGGACCGCGCGAGGCGCUUGGCUGCCGAGGUCGGCGUCCCAAUAUGUCCCGGCUCCGGCAUCGUCGGCUCCGAGGAUGAGGCCGUGGCGGAGGCUGCCAAGAUUGGAUAUCCUGGCCUACAGAUAUGCAACGAUGAAAGCCAAGUCCGCUCCUCCUUCAACAGCGUAGUCAGUCGAGGCCAGGCCCUCUUCUCCAACCCGGGCGUCUUCCUCGAGCGGUACUACCCCGUCUCGCGCCACAUUGAGGUCCAGGUCUUCGGCGAUGGCCGCGGCGACUGCGCCGUCCUCGGCGAGCGCGAGUGCUCCAUCCAGCGCCGGCACCAAAAGGUCAUCGAGGAGUCUCCGAGUCCGUUCGUCGAGGCCCGCCCCGCGCUGCGCCGCCGCCUCUUCGCCGUCUCCGCGCUCCUGGCCCGUCACAUCCGCUACCGCUCCGCCGGCACCAUCGAGUACCUCGUCGACGACGCCACCGGCGACUUCUUCUUCCUCGAGAUGAACACCCGCCUGCAGGUCGAGCACGGCAUCACCGAGCUCCGCUUCGGCAUCGACCUCGUCGCCCUCAUGCUGCAGCUCGCCGAGGAGCCGCACCAGCAGCAGCGCUUGGUCGACGUGGAGGCGCUGCAGCGGAUGGAGCCCUCGGGCGCGUCGAUCGAGGCCCGGCUCUACGCCGAAAACCCGUCCAAGAACCACAUGCCCAGCCCCGGACAGCUGCAGCUCGUCGAGUUCGGCGCAGGCCCCGGCACCCGCGUCGACACGUGGGUGCAGACCGGCACCAACAUCUCCCUCUCCUUCGAUCCGCUCCUCGCCAAGGUCAUGGUGCACGCCGCGGACCGGCCCGCCGCCGUCGCCAACAUGCUGCGCACCCUCGGCGACACCAAGCUGCAGGGCGUCGUCACCAACACGGACUACGUGCGCCGCGUCCUCGAGACCGACUGGUUCCGCGACGGCCGGACGACGACCUGCGUCCUCGACACCUUCCCGUACACGCCCCGCGCGCUCGAGAUCCUCUCCCCCGGCGCCGGCACCACGGUCCAGGACUACCCGGGCCGUGUGGGGGUGGGCUUCGGCAUCCCCGAGGGCGGGCCCGCCGACGGCCUGCAUGCCCGGCUGGCCAACUGCAUUCUCGGCAACGAGCCCGGCGCCGAGCUCCUCGAGAUCACCCUCAGCGGGCCCACCAUCCUCUUCCACGCGCGGGCCGUCCUCGCGCUGGCCGGUGGCGUCGUCGCCGACGCCCAGCUCGACGGGCAGCCCGUGCCCAUGUACACUCGCUUCGAGGCGCCCGCCGGCUCCCGGCUCGCCGUCGGCGCCGUCUCGCGCGGGUGCCGCACCUACCUCGCCAUCCAGGGAGGGUUCCCCGGCAUCCCCCUGUACCUCGGCUCCAAGUCAACGAGCCCCGUCGUCGAGAUUGGCGGGCACCAGGGCCGUCCGCUGCAGGCCGGCGACAUGCUCGAGAUAUCCGAGGCGGCGGGCUCCCUCGUCCCCUUCCAGCUGCCCGCGUCGCUCGUCCCCGCGCUGGACCUCGCGACGGUCGGCUGCCUAUCCGGCCCGCACGACUCGCCCGACAUCAUGACGCCCGCCGGCGUCGAAGCCAUCUACACGUCCGACUGGACCGUCUCGCACCAGGCGUCCCGCAUCGGCGUCCGCCUCGACGGCCCCAGCCCUCGGUGGGCCCGGCAGACGGGCGGCCAGGGCGGCUCCCACCCGAGCAACUACCUCGACUACCCCUACUCCCUCGGUGCCCUCAACUGGACCGGCGACUCGGCCGUCGUGUUCCCCGCGGACGCGCCGUCCCUCGGCGGCUUCGUCUCCUCGCACGUCAUCCCCCGCGCGGAGCUGUGGAAGGUGGGCCAGCUGCGGCCCGGCGACCGCUUCCGCAUGGUCCCGGUCACGAUCGAGACCGCCAUGACCCUGCGCCGGAAGCAAGACGAUUACAUCGCCGCAGUCGCGCAGCUUGCCCCGGGAGGAGGAGCCGCCGAAUCCGUGGCGCCCCUGGCACUCGAGCUUCGGCCGGCUGAACACUUGACGCAAGGCAUGGCGUCGACGGCCGUGCUGGAUACGUACAACGACAUCACCAUCCGCCAGGCCGGCGAAUCAUACAUUCUCGUCGAAUUCCUCCAGUCGCUGCAGCUACAGGUCCGCUGUCGAGUGCAAGCAGUCACCGAGGCAAUAAACAAGGCCAAAAUUGAUGGCGUGGAGCUGGUGACACCCAUCGGAUGCAGUCUUUUGGUGCAGUAUGAUGGAUUCACCAUCUCUCAGGCACGAUUGGUCGAGGCAAUCAAGCACGUGCUGAGAGCAGACGUCGAGUCGCCAUCUCAGCUCAGCACCAAGCUGUCCAGCCGCCACAUUCGGCUGCCCAUGGUCUUUGACGACAAGGUGAACAGGGCCUCCGUGGAGCGGUACAUUGCGACGCAGCGGCCGACGGCCUCCUACCUCCCGGAUCCGGUCGAGUUCAUCGCCCGCUCCAACGGCCUCCAGUCCAAGCAGGAGGUCCUCGACAAGGUGCUCAGCACCCGGAUCCUCGUUGUCGGCGUCGGCUUCUGGAGCGGCACGCCGAUUGGCUUCCCCGUCGAUCCCCGCUGCCGCCUCAUGGUACCCAAGUUCAACCCUUCGAGAACGUUUUCGCCCGCUGGCGGCUUAGGCAUCGGCGGCUGCUUCUUUUCCUGCGACCCCAUUGAUGCACCCGGAGGCUAUGUCAACUUUGGCCGGACGCUCCCCGGGUGGGACAAGUUCUGCGUCAAUAAAAGCUUCGGCGGCCGUCCCUGGCUCUUUCAAAAUUUUGACCAGCUAAGCUUUUACUGCGUGGAGGAGGACGAAUUUGAGCGCAUCUACAGCCGUUUCCAGGCCGGCAAGUACACGUUUGACAUGACCAAAACAGAGUUUGACGUGGACGAAUACACGAAAUUCUGCGACAGCGUCGCCGAUGAGACUGCCGAGUUCCAGGCAAAGCAGGAGGCUGCCACAGCCAAAGAAACUGAAAGUGAGAAGCGUAUUUUUGCCGAGUGGCAAAAAUCGCAAAGGGUGGAACGAGACGUUAUUACAUCCAUCGACAAAAUUGACGACAGAUUCAAGAUUCAAUCUGAUAUGCAUGCCAGCAUAUACAAAAUCAAGGCACAAAAGGGCGACACCAUCAGUGAAGGUGAGAUCCUGGUCAUUUUGGAGGCGAUGAAGAUGGAGGUCAACGUUCGAGCGUCAGAGUCUCAGGCUGGUCUGAUCGUAGAGGGUAUUCUUGCCGCGCCUGGCGAUAUUGUGAAACCAGGCGAUGCCCUCAUGGUGCUAUCGCAGACGCGGUGA